AUGGCAGUAGGAUUCGGGUUUUCGGUGGGAGAUCUGAUAGCCGUAGGAAAGCUAGCUCACGACAUCGCGAAUGCUCUGAAUGACUGUCGGGGUGCUUCUGCAGAAUACCGUUCCUUGAUUGAACUCCUUGAGUCUCUGAAGACGUCUCUCAACCUUAUCGGCAACUUCAUAUCAACUUUACCUAUCACGACGUCUUCGCGCGUGGACCAAGCUUUCAUGAAUGGUAUUCUGUUCCAUGCUGGCUGCUGUUACAAGCUACUGAACGAGUUUGCUGCGGACUCUCGAAGGUACACCCAAAGCUUGCUGAAUGGCCAAGGCUCUAAAGCAAAAGUUGCGUUUCGGAAGAUCAAAUGGUCUCUAUAUAGCGCAGAAGAUAGCCGACGCUUGGAGCGAAGAUUAAGCACGCACAUGGAAGCCUUCGAUCGCUACCUCCUCGCAAUUAACAUUCAGACUGAAACUAGCUUUGCGGAAGAGUCUCGAGGACAAGCCAAUCGAAUCUCCGUCACAGUGGCAGCGAUAUACGAUACGGUCCAAACCACGCAGAAUAUGAUGCCCAAGAUGCUUGGAUAUCCAUGGGAAGGCGACGUCAUGUCUUCGCAUGUCCACGUAGAAGACGCGUUGGGUAGGCCAUUAGUUUUACCAAGUACGCUUUGUCGUACAAGAGAAACGUUGAAAGACACCAUGAGAAUCAUGUUCUCUGAUCACCCUGGAUUGAGGGAAGUAGUGGACGGCAAGUUCGAGCUCGUUGACAAGCAAAGUCAGCUAACAGUCUUUGAUGGCCGCGAUGUCAUUCCUAGGAUGAGGUGGCUCCAUUAUCAACCUUCAGAUGCUAUUCAACCUGGGGCUAAGCUGCUCAUGAACGUCUUGCGUGUAAGGACUUUCCGUGCUCAAGAGUCCUCCUUAAUAAAUUCCGUUCAAACUCUUGAGACAUGCCCAAGAUGCGGCUUCGCAACUCCUGGUCGGCAAUUCCGAAAAUGCGGAAAUUGUGACAUGGGCUUCAGAAGGUCUGUGCGAGAGCUCUUUGAAAGAGUACCGAGGUCGGCUGCUCAUAAUCUUCGUUGGCCGAAUAAUCCACUUCCGCGUACAAUACCUAAUGCUACACCACCCGUAGACUGUGGGCCUAAGAAACUACCCAAUGCUGAUAUGGAGACUGGAUAUAUUCGACGCGUUCAUGAGAUUGCGGAGUACCUCGUCCCGUCCAUUAAUUUCGGCAACGACUUCGGUAGUUCAAGGCUUCCCUUGAUUCAGGCAGUUGGCCAAGGAGAUUUUCAUUGGGUUCGACAAAUACUGCUAAAAACCGAUAUCGAUCCAGAUAUAAGAGAUUGUCAAGGUUGGACGGCUUUGCAAAAUGCCUGCUCUAUCAAGACCGAUUCUCCAGAAAGCAGAAACCAAGAAGCUAUUAUCAGGCUAUUGAUAUCGCAGGGUGUAGAUGUAAACGCUGCUGGUGACGAAAGUUUUGGAAGAACAGCACUACAAGCAGCGUGCGAGCGUGGAAACGAAAGGAUCGUAGAUCUGUUACUGGAGAACGGUGCUGACGUCAACGAAGAUGUUGCAACUGCGAAUGGACACAGCUCUCUAGUAUGUGCUGCCGAUGCAGGAGAUUUCGGGAUUGUCAAGAAGCUCCUCGACCUGGGUGCAGACAUCAAUCAACCAAGGAGCAAGGAGUCUGGACAUACCGCACUGUCGGCUGCGGCUUAUCGAGGAAAUCUCAACAUGUUUGAUUUUCUGAUUAGAAAUGGGGCGAACGCACAAGGAUCUGCUGGCCUUUUUGCUUUGAAGACAGCUGUAUCUCGGAAUCAACUAGCCAUAGCACGUCGCCUUCUCGAGCUAGGCUUAGACGUCAAUUCUUGCGCCAAUGGCCCCGCCCCUCUGCAUCAAGUAACACACGUCGACAUGUUAAACCUGCUGGUUACCUACGGAGCUCGCUUUGAUCUACCUGGCUCCGAAGGUUCUGGACAAACUGCAUUACAACGGGCUGCACAGUGGCAUGCCUUUGAUUUAGUUAUUGAACUCGUACGUCUGGGCUCCGAUGUUCAUCUUCCAGGUCCGGCGACAGGUGGCUCAAGUGCACUGCAAGCAGCGGCUACCAGGUGCAGGUAUGGAACUGAAGAGAGUGUUCGUAUAAUGAGAUUUCUCGUCGAAGAGCACGGCGUGGAUGUCAACGAACCACGUUCGCAAGAGGAGGAAUAUACAAGUCUUGAAACGGCGUGUCAAGAGACAGCUCAGCAGGAUGAGCAUCGAUGGAGCAUUGAAGGCGUAAGAUUCCUGGUCGAGCAAGGUGCCGUUAUCACACCUUUCACCCUACAUGUGGCCACCGCCUGGAACCAUACCAAACUACUCGACUUUCUCCUGCAAAACGGUGUGCGCAUUGAACAUAUCAGCAGCCCGGCGAACAUUCGACUCUAUCCGUACUUCUUAAGCGAGCGCCGCAAAUUUGGUGCAACCGUCAUCGAGACUGCUAGAAUCAAUGGCCAUUUGGCGCUUGCAGAAGCUCUGGAGAAUUGGUCACCAUCAACCCAACUAGGAAUCGGUCUGAACGAGUGA